AUGAAACAUCUAAAUUCUGAAGAUGAUGAUUAUAUUGAUAUAGAAAAGUUUACACCGUCUAAUUUAGAUGAUGCUGGUGAUGGUAUCGGUGAAUACAAAAAGCGUGUUGAUAAACUUCUUGAUAAUAAAGAAAAAUCUGAUUCAUUAAAUCUUCAAGUCAAAA